AUGGAUGAGUACGAGACACGGGCCAGGUACAACAUUGCAGAGACAUGCUCGUCCCCUAUCUCGCUCGACGACCUCUGUGCCUUUGCAGGAGACACCAGGCCAGCAGACUUGUUCAACGCCUCGCAGAAGCUGGGUUACGGUGUCAUCCGUGGAUCCGAGGAGUUGCGCUCCAACAUCGCUCAGAUACAUGUCGGGAGUGGGGAUGUGGCACCGGCAUCAGAUAAUGUCCUGAUCACUCCGGGGGCUAUCAGCGCCAAUUUCUUGCUGCUUUACACCUUGGUGCACGCCGCAGCUUACUCUGUUCCGGAGUCUCUGGGUGCAGAAGUAACGCUUUGGAAGACUUCGGUAGAGAAAGACUGGGAGCUAAACGUAGAUGAAUUGAAGGACCUUAUCAAACAAAACACCAAACUCAUUAUCCUCAAUAAUCCUCAAAACCCGACGGGGAAAACCAUACCAACUGAAGAUCUCCAGCAGAUAAUCAAUGUCGCUAGAGAACGAAACAUCUACGUCUUCUGUGAUGAAGUGUACAGGCCUCUCUUCCACUCCCUUGAUACCAAUCAGCAACCUGCAUCAGCAUUCUCGCUGGGCUACGACAAGGCGAUAGUUACUGGCUCUGCAUUUAAGGCUUAUGCCCUCGCUGGCAUCAGAGUCGGUUGGAUUAUCGCCAGCAAGGAUAUAAUCGAGCAAUGCCUCCAUGCCCGCGAUUACACUACUAUAUCCGUCAGCCAGCUAGAUGACAGGGUAGCUUCCUUUGCGCUUGGAGAGAAGUGCGUGUCAAAGUUACUUGCGCGAAACACCACUAUUGCACGACACAAUCUGAACAUUCUCACCGCAUUUGUCGAGGAGUUUUCGUCAGUAUGUGAUUGGUGUGAACCUCUUGCUGGCACUACGGCGUUCGUUAGGUUCUCAAAAAAACGGGGUGCCGGUUGA